AUGUUUUCGGAUCGUGAUACAUUAGAAAAGGAAUCGAAAACAAACGUUGUUGUUGAAAAUGUCGAGCUUGAUAAUCAAUUGUCAGCAAUAUUGUCCCUAAAUGAUGAGGUUAACCAUAUGGAUGCCAAAUAUAUGGAUGAGGCAUUCAAGUAUCUUGAUAAUGAUACGGGCGACUUCCAAAUGGAUCCACUAGAGGAGAAGAAAUUUAUUAGAAAAGUCGAUUGGUGUGUUAUGCCGGUUAUUUGCGGGUUAAUGGCAGUCCAGAUGAUGGAUAAGACCACAAACUCUUAUGCUGCCUUGAUGGGUCUUAGGAAAGACCUUACAAUGUCGCCCGAGGAGUAUAGUUGGGUCGGCUCUUCAUUUUAUCUUGGUUAUCUGGCGUUUGAAUGGCCAGCUAACUUGGCACUUCAGAAGCUGCCACUAUCUAAAACAUUAGGUUCUGCAAUCAUAAUUUGGGGUAUUGUGCUAAUGUGUCAUGCUGCUUGUAAGAGUGCACCAACUUUUUUGUUAUGUAGAACGUUAUUGGGUAUUUUUGAAGGAUUUAUGAACCCGGCAUAUAUCAUUUUAACUUCUCAGUGGUACAGGCAAGAAGAGCAAUUUUUAAGAACAUGUCUGUGGUACGGGUUCCAAGGGUUUGGUACGAUUAUAGGUGCCUCCAUCGCUUAUGGAUUACAAGAAAAUCGGGGUGGAUACCAUGCAUUUGCAACAUGGAAAGUUUUCUACAUCAUUACAGGGUGUAUAACGGUUUUUCUUGGUAUUGUUUCCCUUCUGCACAUUCCUGAUGUUCCAGUUAAGGCGUGGUUUUUGAACAAACGAGACAAGAUGUAUGCCAUUGAAAGAUCAAAGUCGAACCUACAAGGUUUUGGUAACAAGAAGUUCAAGGUAAAUCAGCUUAUUGAAGCGUUCAGAGACCCAGUGACUUAUUGUAUUUUCAUUUAUGCUUUUUCAUAUGGUAUUCCAAACGGUGGAUUGAAUAACUUUGGCUCUAUUUUGUUAAAUAAAGAUUUUGGAUUUUCUUCCUCUCAUGCAUCCUUAAUGAAUAUGCCUGGAGGUGGUAUCGAUAUUGUUAUCCCACCCUUGAUUGCUUAUCUUUGCCAUUAUAAACUUAAAAACUUCAAGUUAAUCUCAAUGGUAAUUGUCAAUUUGUUAUGUGUUGUGGGUGCUGCGCUCUUGGCAUUUACACAUCCCAAGGGCUCGAGAUUAACAGGCUACUAUCUCGUUUAUAUUUCAACCACUAAUAUGGCGGGCACUGCUUCCCUAGUUUCUUCAAACGUUGCUGGUCACACGAAGAAACUCACAGUCAGCACUGUAUUAUUAGUUGGUUACUGUGUGGGCAACAUUGUUGGUCCUCAAACUUAUAGAGAGAGUCAAGCUCCAGGUUAUGCCGGCGCCAAGACUGCCAUGUUGGUGGCUUAUGUGGUUGGCGCAGUUGCACUAUUUAUUAUUUAUGUUGUCUACGUUGCUAGAAAUAGAAGGAGAGCCACGGAAAGAGAGAAGGCUGAACAAAUUAUCGACAAGGAGAAAUUGGCUUUCUCUGAUUUAACAGAUUUAAAAAAUCCAGAGUUCGUGUAUGACCUAUAG